UCCGCGCCUCUAUAACUUGGCGGGCAAGGAGGCGGCGCCCGCGGAGUCGGAGGGCGGGGAGCUCGGAGGAGAGCGCCGGGAGUUGUGGAGACUGCCGACCGGGAAGUCGCGGCGCUCGGUCGGCGCAGCCCGCCCGCGGGCUCCCUCGCUGCCGCCCUCCGUCUGCGCCGCGGGCCUCGGCGCCGUGGGGCGGCUCGGGGUGCGCUCGCCCGCCCCGGCCCCGGCGGCUGCCGCGCGCGGGCGGGAUGUGGCGCCUGGUGCCCCUGAAGCUGGGCCGCCUGUCCCGUGCACUGAAGCUGGCGGCUCUCGGCAGCCUGUUGGUGCUGAUGCUGCUGCACUCGCCGUCGCUGCUCGCCUCCUGGCAGCGCAACGAGCUCGCCGACCGGCGCUUCCUGCAGCUCAAUAAGUGCCCGGCGUGCUUCGGCACGAGCUGGUGUCGCCGCUUCCUCAACGGCCAGGUGGGCUUCGAGGCGUGGGGCCGCCUGCGCCUGCUGGACUUCCUCAACGUGAAGAACGUGUACUUCGCGCAGUACGGCGAGCCCCGCGAGGGCGGCCGCCGGCGCGUGGUGCUCAAGCGCCUGGGUUCGCAGCGCGAGCUGGCGCAGCUCGACCAGAGCAUCUGCAAACGGGCCACCGGCCGGCCGCGCUGCGACCUGCUCCAGGCCAUGCCCCGCACCGAGUUCGCGCGCCUCAACGGCGACGUGCGGCUGCUCACGCCGGAGGCGGUGGAGGGCUGGUCGGACCUGGUGCACUGCCCCUCGCAGCGCCUGCUCGAUCGCCUGGUGCGCCGCUACGCCGAGACCAAGGACUCCGGCAGCUUCCUGCUGCGCAACCUCAAGGACUCGGAGCGCAUGCAGCUGCUGCUCACCCUGGCCUUCAACCCCGAGCCGCUGGUGCUACAGAGUUUUCCAUCUGAUGAAGGUUGGCCAUUUGCAAAAUAUCUUGGAGCUUGUGGAAGAAUGGUGGCCGUAAAUUAUGUCGGAGAAGAACUGUGGAGUUACUUUAAUGCACCAUGGGAGAAAAGAGUUGACCUUGCUUGGCAGCUAAUGGAAAUAGCAGAACAGCUUACAAACAAUGACUUUGAGUUUGCACUCUACCUCCUGGAUGUCAGCUUUGACAAUUUUGCAGUUGGUCCUCGAGAUGGGAAGGUAAUCAUUGUGGAUGCUGAAAAUGUUUUAGUUGCUGACAAAAGAUUAAUUAGACAAAAUAAACCUGAGAAUUGGGACGUUUGGUAUGAAAGUAAGUUCGAUGACUGUGACAAGGAGGCUUGUUUAUCAUUUUCAAAAGAAAUCCUUUGUGCUCGUGUCACUGUGGACCACAAUUACUAUGCUGUUUGUCAAAACCUCUUAUCUAGACAUGCCACCUGGCGUGGUACUUCUGGAGGACUCCUUCAUGAUCCACCAAGUGAAAUUGCCAAAGAUGGCCGACUGGAGGCCUUGUUAGAUGAGUGCGCCAACCCCAAGAAGCGCUAUGGCCGAUUCCAGGCUGCGAAAGAACUGCGUGGGUAUCUAGCACAAUUAAGUCACAAUGUGAGGUAGUAGAUGGUGAUCUUUUUCUUCGCUGAAAUAGGAAUGGCAAAACAAAACCACCAAAAAACUGCCUAGAAAAAACACAAUGUGGAAGUAUUACUCAGAGGAUGAGAAACUUGUUCUGAUAGACUGUACAUUAACAUCCAUCAAAAUAAGACAUUACUGUACAUCCAAGAUUACAUGAUGCUUCUGCAACUCUGUUCUUCACUUUGGAGACUUGCGAUACCAUUGACUGCUUUCCUCUUCCCAUUCCUGCGUGGAUUAAUGAUGUUAUUAAGCUAUUGGAAAGGAGUCUGAUAGUUACAUGGCUUGUGUAUCAAAGGGUACUUGGUACUUAGUUUGCAUUUCUAUCAUGAUUUUGUGAAUCUCUUGUGUUUACUUUGAAUGUCAAGUUAGAUCGGCCUGUUUUAUAGGCCACCUUUUCCUUCUGAUGUGUAAAAUUAUUUUUCAUUUUUUUUAAAGUUUUACACACCCAGGUUACUAUAGGCAUUGACUUAAAUUUUAAUAGAAGUAGUUUUCAUUCAGUGCUAUGCGGUACAUACUUAACUGUUAGAGCAGGGCUCCCAGGUUUACUGUUUUUACAGAGAUCUUAGUAUUUCAUUGUGUAAAUAAUUUACCUCCCCUCAACCUCCUGUGCUUCAUCAUUGCAUGGUAUCAUUUCAGGUUAUUUAAGAGUUAAAUUCCUCAAUGCCAGUAAUUAUAAGUAUAUACUGAACAUGUAGUUCAGCAGAUGCUACAAAAUGUCACUACAUCCCUUGCUAAAAGGCUUUAAGAAUACACUAGCAGUCUACACGUUGAAGAAACCAUGUGAACUCAAUGCUUUUAAAAGCUAACUAGUCCAAGAUAGUAAUGCAUAUGCCAAAGAAAUAUUAGACACAUUCCUUGUUUAGAACUGAAAAUAGAAUUGGUCAAUUCUUAGCCCACUUCAAUAUUUUAGCUUUCACUGUUAAAUUAAAAUCUGAGUGUUCUUUAUUGACAGUUGAGCUACUGCUUAAAAAAAUGUAUAACUUAAAGAUCUAACAUUUUAUUCAUUGGUAGGUUUUUCAAAAUGAGCACAGUGAUUAUUGUUAGAAUUUAAUUAGGCAUCAGAACCUUUUACUUAUUGAUACACUAAUAAUUUUUAUUGUAAAGCUUGUCUGCCCACUGUGAUCUUCUUCAUCCAAUUGCUAAAUAUCAGAACAUCAAAUUUAAAUAUUGAGUAGAAAGAUUAACAAAUAAUGUGUAAAAUUUUGUCUGAUUAAAAACUGUUCUGUGUACAAAAAGUUGACUCUCAGUAGCACAGGCAAUAUUUUUCUGUUUGAAGUUGUUACUUUUGUUUGCCGUAAAGUUUGGGAUAGUGUGCAGUGGUGGGUUCUGGACUGAAUUACUGAAAUCAGAAAGUGAUUAAAACAUGCACAACCAAAGCCAAGCUUGUCUUUUUCAUUCAUUCAACAACUAUUUAUUGAUCAUACUCCGUGCUAGGUGCAUUCGUAGCUGCUAUAUACCAUCUAAACAUGACAUGGUCAAUUAGCAUAAGUACGUCUUAAGUUGAUUGAUUAUUUAGGAUUACACUUUCAUAUUAUUUGAUUAUUGUGAUGGAAAGUUUCUUUGUACUAUCUUAAAUUAGUUUCUUAACCCAAAGUGGAGGGAGACAGCAAUAAAGUUAAUCCAAGUUUAAAAAUGGGAAGGCAAAGUGUGAGAGAUCUCCAUUAUAAAGCAGAUUGCAUUGUGUUCCUUCUUAUACAUAGCUAACUUUUUACAACUUAGAAACAUUUUUGAGGGGAGUAGGAAAAAAAUCAUCCAGCAAUACUCCCUUGCUUCUUCCUCGAGCCACACUAAAAUAAACAAUUUUCAAACAGAACACCAUUAUAUUUUCUACAUAUUCAUAACACAGAAGGCUAGAACUCACGGGCGCUGUCUGAUAUUCCACAAACAUCUUCCUAUUUUUGGUGAGUGAUUGUGGUUGUGAUUACAGAGCAGGAAGUAAAGAAGCAUGCCGGGGAGUGAUGGCUAUUUGAGGUAUAACCACCACUAGAGAUUAUGUGGAAUUUCUUUUACCUUUGGAGAAAUCAGAGGAGGUAGUAAAGAAUUAGGAAUUUUAAAUUACAGGGAAAAAUAUGUAUGUGAAAAGCAAUAAAUAUUUUGUUCUCUUUGCUAUCAAGAUGUUCACAUUCAGAUAUUUAUUAUACAGCAGCAAUUUAUAUUUUUAAUCAUUGCCCAUUAAUAGACGCGGUAAAAUAUUUUUGAAUCAAACAUUUGGGGUUUGUAUGUGCAUUUAAAUUGUCUUUUGUACUGUAUGUUACUGUUUAAUUUGAAUAUUUUAUCAGAACUGUCUCCCUGUGCCUUUAUAAAAUAUAAAGUUGUCUCUGCAACUUUUAAUGAUCUUAAUAAAGAAUACUUUAAGAACCUUA